AGGUUGGUUAUUCUGGGGGUUGGUUUUAAUGGGUGGUGCUUAGGUGGCUCCCUAUGGCCUUUUAUGAGGUUCAUACGGGAGCCUCGUGCACCGGGUAUGCCCUUUUUUAUUAUGUGCAAGUUCAUCUGGGUAGAAUUGAGAAAAACAUCCAAUUGAUUAUAGCUUACGUGAUCUUCUCAUGCAUCGUAUCUAUCCUUAGUCUUUGCAGAUUCGAUACGAUCACCUACAAAUGGUUAACACCUUAUGAGAAAGCACUUGGAUCUACUUUUGCCGUGGAUCUGUGAUAGGAAGAAACUGCAGUAUUCCGAAGACUCAACCAUGCAAUGGUUCAGAUCGAGGAUCUCUAGGAUCAUAUUGAUCCAACCAGUUCAAGGCUUCAGCUGCUGCAUCAACCGCUCUGUUUGACACCAUGAUUGAUUGAGAAGGGAAGAGAAGUGUUGCUGCGACGACCAAUGAUGAGGGGCAGUUUGGCAGACAGAGAAAGAAGCUUGUGUGUUAGUGCUAUUAAUUUCUUGGUGACCUUUUUGGUAGGUGUCCGGGUCACACUGGUCAAUUUUUGGUUUUCUAACUUGGAGAAUUGGUAAAUAUCAGUAAUUGAAAACCUCAUUCCUAGUGUAUGUCUUGCCAGUUCUGGGAAACUUAAAUAGGUUAUGUUUCCAUUCAUUUUUUACUAGUAAGUCUACAUUUGGUUUUCUAGAAAUAUACAAAUUUUUUUCCUAACCCCAAAAUAGAACAGUUUUUCUACGGGAAACACUAGAGAUUGUGACCUUAAUCAACUCAAGCUCACAGUGGACAUAAGACUAGACCUUCUUGUAGGGAAAUGCUGAGACCAACCCAAGACCUAAACCAUGCCCUGAUUAUGCUGCUGUAAUGAUCAGUAUUACCCCAGAAAACCCAUAGCACCUUAGGACUGCCAUGAUUUGGUCCUCAAUACAGGUUGCUCAAAGUGGCUGUAAGGAGCUAGGGUUGGGUUUGAUCUUUUUUUGGAGAACAUACCUUUCUUUGGAUCCUAUAUUGAAAGAUAUUGAUCAGUUUCAAAAUGCAAUUGCUUGCACCAUAACAUAUUGGCCUGACCUUACUGGCUCUUCAGUCUGCAACUAGUAGUUUUGCAUAACUGGUCAGGAUUAGUAGCCAUGAACUAGUGAUGGCAACGGUUAGAGCUGCUGGAUUUCCUGGUGUUUGGUGUUUGGAUUCAAACACAUUUAAGAUUGCAAGUUUUGCCUGCGGAUUGUGCAUUGGUUUCACUAAUUUUUCAAGUUCUUCUUGUACACAGGAUUUUUCAGGUACCCUACCCAACCCUAACCUGAUUAGGGGUCAUCACAUAAUGCCUUGAACCAUUAAUUCACAUUUCUAAUACCAUCUGUUUAAGCUUCACCCUGAGAAUGUCAAGAAGUGGUCAAAACAGCUUCUCAACACUCUCGGGGUAAGGCUACAUAGUUCCCGUCCCUCUAGAUCUUGCACAUGCGGGAGACUUGUGCAUCAGUUACACCCUUUUUUCUCGAGGGCUUGAAUUGAUUCUUUAUUCAAGGUCUGAAGCAAUACCCAACCUGCCCAAGUUGCACUCUUACAAAUAUCACGAGUUUGGGUUCUGAAGGAUCUUGUAACAACACGCCCAAGUAACCAAAAAAGCCCUCUCUCUCUCGCUCUCCUCUUUUCUUCUCUUUUAUUCUCUUCCCUAGUUUUCUAGUAGCCCAUGGGAGAAAAAGAAAAACCCAGUUGGAGUCUUUGGUGGAUUCUUCAUUUCUGAACUGAAAAUCAAUCAAAAAGCUCCAAAUGCCGGAUUCAAAGCUUGUUUUCAAGAUUUGGAUUGGGAACGAGAUAUAUAUAUAUAUAUAUAUCAAUCAAUCAAUCAAUCAAUCGAGGUUGAUCCUGAGUCUUAAUCGAUUCACUAGCAUAACCCAGAGUUACUUAAAAGGUAAUAUAGUCUUUGCACCAACGCGUGGAUCAAUGGGAACAUAUAUGAAAAUAUCAAUAACAGUGAAAAUUUCGUUUUUUUUCAUGGGUUGGGAUGGUCAUUUCGCUCUUUCUUUGUCUGGGUGUAAAGGGGACGCUGUCUUUUAGCUUCUCUUUCUUAAGAGAUCCGAUCCGAUCUUGAGCGAUCCGGACCGAUACCGAGAAACCGAACUGGAGAAGGGCCAAGCAGACUUGUGGAUCUGCCGCUCUCGAACUAUUGGGUCUGAUGGUGAUUUUUGGGGUAUUUCCCGACCGUUUCCUGAGCUGGGUUCCUUCUUCUAGGGUUGUUCUUGCCGUGACGACGACGAGGAAGCAGAGACGACGAUGCAGCUUCAUUUCUCUCCUACCAUGAAAAGCAUCACGAUUUCGAGCAGCAAUGUGUUUCUUGACACAGGCCCAGGCCUUGUCCAAGUUCAAGUGUCUUCUCAUCACUGCAGCUCAAUGCGGAUCCCUUCUGCGACACUGUGGCACUACGCGGUCACUCACCAACACAAAGAGACUCCACGCCCACACCAUCACUUCCGGCCUCCUCUUCUUCGACCACUCUGCGCGCAUCCGAUCAAACCUCAUUGCUACCUAUGCCGUCUGUGGAGACGCAACAAUUGCUCGUCUUCUAUUCGAUGAUUUGCCUCAAAGAAAAUCCUUGUUAUGGAACUUCAUGAUCCGAGCCUACUCUCAGAAUGGUUUAUCAACUGACGCACUUCGCCUGUUUGUCGAAAUGCUCUCUUCAGGGGACAAUAACCCUGACAACUUCACCUUCCCUUUUGUCCUCAAGGCCUGUGCAGAAAUGUCGUUGCUUAACAUGGGUAUGUCCAUCCAUUGUCGAGCAUUGGCCACUGGGUUUGAUUCGGAUACUUACGUGCAGAAUUCCUUACUGGCGAUGUAUAUGAACUGUGGCAAAACGGAGAUGGCCAGGCUGGUUUUUGACCGAAUGCAGGAGCAGACUGUGGUUUCUUGGAACACGAUGAUAAGUGGGUACCUUCGAAAUGGGCUGGCAGAGGAAUCUUUAGCCAUUUUUGAUUGGAUGAUGGAUGUGGAUGAGAAACCUGAUCAUGCCACCUUGGUCUCUGUGUUACCUGCUUGUGCUCACUUAAAGGAUUUGCAGCGAGGGAGGGGGGUUCAUGAUUUGCUGGAGGAGAAGGGAUUGGGGAAUUACAUUCCUGUGAAGAACUCGUUGAUGGAUAUGUAUGCAAAAUGUGGUCGUUUGGUUGAGGCCAGACUUGUCUUUGAUGAGAUGGGAGAGAAGGAUGUGGUGUCAUGGACGGCCAUGAUUGUAGGCUACCUGUCAAAUGGUGAUGCAACAAGUGUAUUAGCACUUGGGCAUCGGAUGCAACUGGAGGGGGUAAAACCUAAUUCGGUAACCUUGGCAGCUCUCCUAUCUGCUUCUGCCAGUUUAUCGACUCUGAAGCAUGGUAAGUGCUUACAUGGGUGGGCAAUAAGGUGCAGACUUGAAUCUGAUGUUAUGGUGGAGACUGCCCUGAUUGACAUGUAUGCAAAGUGUAACCGCAUGGACCUUAGCUUUCGAGUUUUCUUAAAAUCUACGAAAAAAGGAACAGUGCCAUGGAAUGCACUUAUCACAGGGCAUGUUCAUAACAGACUUGCAAACAAAGCAAUAAAACUUUUCAAACAAAUGCUGAUGGAAGAAGGGGUCUACCCAGAUUGUGCAACCUUGAUUAGCCUCCUUCCUGCUUAUGCUGAUUUGGCUGAUCUUUGGCAAGCCAAAAACAUACAUUGUUACCUUAUCAGUUCUGGAUUUCAUCCAAGCGUUGAAACUGCCACUGGUUUGAUUGAUAUCUACUCGAAGUGUGGAAGCCUCGAUUCUGCCCAUGAGCUCUUCGAUAAGAUUCCAGAAAAAGUUAAGGACACUGUAGCAUGGAGUGCCAUCAUAGCUGGGUAUGGAAUGCAUGGCUAUGGUGGGGUUGCAGUUUCACUUUUUUAUCAGAUGGUGCAGUCUGGGGUGAAACCUAAUGAAGUCACCUUCACAUCUGUUUUGCAUGCUUGCAGCCAUGCAGGGAUGGUGGAUGAGGGCCUACGUUUGUUCAAAUGUAUAAUUGAUGAUCACCAAAUGAGACCUCCAACUGAUCACUACACUUGCAUUGUUGAUCUUCUUGGCCGUGCAGGUCGACUAGAGGAGGCUUACGAACUGAUUACAAUGAUGCCAUUUGAGCCCAAUCAUGCUGUAUGGGGUGCUCUAUUAGGUGCCUGUGUGAUACAUGAAGAUGCCAAGCUAGGAGAGGUAGCUGCAAAGCAACUUUUUGAACUAGAGCCAGACAAUACAGGAAAUUAUGUGUUAAUGGCCAAGAUUUAUGCUGCUGUAGGAAGGUGGAAAGAUGCAGAGAAUAUGAGAAGUAUGAUGAGUGCAAUGGGAUUAAGAAAAACACCAGCCCACAGCUUGAUUGAGAUUAGAAAUGCAGUAAACACAUAGUGAUGAUGUCUCUGGCCGACCCAAGGUGUUUCCAUGGGAAGCCAAAAACCUCCAGUGAUGAAUGAAGGUGGAUCCUGUAUUGGAGUGUGUUGGUAGGACACUAGCUGUAGAAGAACAAAUUUGAGGAGCAGCAAAAGAAGCUGCAGUAGAGGGGCCUGUACCUGUGGACUUGAAUCUGGUAGGGAAACAUUAUGUCUAUGGAUGUUUACAAUGAACCCAUAAUAUCUUUCUGGGCCAUUAGAGCCAUGGUGCAAUGGAGUGAUGUUCUUCUAAAUGCCAGUCAGGAGUUGAGUCCAUCCAGGGGUUACUGCCAAGGUGAUCGAAGUUGUGACAAGAGGUGGCGAGGCAAAGCUAGCAAAGAAAAUAUUUUUUGGCUAUAUCAAAUGAGCCCAAAAGUGAUGGUGAGUGUAGUGUGCAGAUUCUUUCCCAUGCUAUCUCACAAAAAGUGAGGGUUUCACGCAUGUAUUUUUAUUUAUUUUGAAAAUGUGGGAUCCACAUGGAAGAUACCUUUUUUAGACCAAUUGGUGGUAGUGUGUGGAUUUCUUUCCACGCUAAGUUACACACACUCCUAGGAUGAAGCUCCACUGACUCUGCAGCCACUCACCAAUUCAAAUAACUCUAGACCAAUUGUUCUAAUACAAAAUUCUUUGCAUUGAAUGGAUUACACUUUGUUUCUCCCACUUGGAGGACCUUGGAGGAACUAAAUACAAGUACCAUGUACCGUUA